CUUCUAAAUAUAAGUGGAGAAAAGAAACAUCAUCACAUCACUAAACUUAUUAUGGAGCAAAAUAUAUUUUCUUUUCUUCUUGCAUACAGAGAGUUCAAGCCACACCUGCUUAUGAUCUUUGCCCAAGUAAGCUACACCUUUCUAUUUUUCAUCACUGAAGCUUCCUUCAACCAUGGAAUGAGUCCUUAUGUUUAUGUUACAUAUCGCCAUGUCGUGGCCGGGAUUGUGAUGUUCCCUUUUGCAUACUUUCUAGAGAGAAAAGUAAGGCCAAAGUUGACAUUUGCUCUUUUUAUGGAAAUUUUUUUGCUUUCUGUGUUGGGGAUAACUUUGUCUCUCAAUUUGUACUUUGCAAGCUUAAAGUAUACUUCUCCAACAUUUGUUGCUUCCAUGUACAACACCGUAUCUUCCCUUACCUUCAUUAUUGCAUUGGCACUCAGGUUUGAAGUUGUUGAUAUUAGAAAUCCACGUGGCAUAGCAAAGGUAUUUGGGACAAUAAUCUCCUUAGCUGGUGUUAUGACCAUGACACUAUACAAGGGACCUAUAAUGAAAAAUUUGUGGCAUCCUCUAAUCCAUAUUCAACCAAAAAGUGCUUCUAUCAGUGAGGGAGGGUUAAGGGGUUCACUUCUUACAGUUUCAUGCUGUGUUACAAUUUCUAUGUGGUACAUUAUGCAGGCAUCUACUUUGAAAAGAUACCCUGCUGAAUUAUCACUCACUACAUGGAUGUGCUUUAUUGGAGCAGCACAAUCGGCUGUUUUCACAAUGAUAGUAGAACACAAUAACCCUUCAGUAUGGAUUAUAGGGAUCAACAUCGACUUGUGGUCUACAUUAUACGGGGGAAUUGUUGUUGGUGGAUUGUUGAUGUACAUUCAACUAUGGUGCACUGUGAAAAAAGGCCCAGUUUUUGUCACAGUCUUUAACCCUCUUUGUACAAUAUUUGUGGCAAUUCUAGCGUACUUCAUCUUUGGUGAAAAACUUUAUUUGGGCAGCAUCAUAGGUGCAUUUAUUGUCAUUAUGGGUCUGUAUUUGUUGCUGUGGGGUAAAGAAGGUGACAAAGAAGUUGAUUUCAAGACCAAGCAGUUCACUAGUGAAGACCCAGAAUGCAAAGUGUAGUGAGUAAAGUUAGUUGGAAAGGUAGAAGUGUACACAAAUCCAAGUGAGAAUAGAAUGAAAUUUGUAUAUCAUAAUGAGGAUUUGUAGGUUUAUUCUGGCUAUGUACACUUUUUGUGCAAAACCAAGGUUACACAAAGUUUGUUUUCUGCUAGAAUUAGAUUUCUUACUGUGUGACGCAGUUACAGUUCUCGGCCAUCCGAUCUAGAUUGAUGGUUGAAAUUGUUUUCAUGUGUGAAUGGAUUGUGUGAUCUAGACAAUCUUAUAUCAAAUCAGAGCCAAAAUUUUGUAGUGUGUGAAACUGUAAGAAUGUUGGACAA